AAUUUACCAGCUAGCAGUGUAUCAUCCACCUUCGACGAGGAGUCUGUGAAAGUGUCCUGCGCGAGUCUUAAUGCACGUGCUAUACCGGCAUAGUAGCCACGUGUUGUGACGUAUGAAAGCAUGGUGUCUUGUGCAGUGUGCGCAUAAGGGAUCUUAUCGUAGUGAACAUUGGCGAGAAUUCUGCCGUAGCGAUGGGACGUUCUAGACUGAGUUAUCACCUUUUCGUGUUCCAUUUCUUGUUAUGUUGGUUGACAUCAUCAACGAAUGGAGGAGACCCUUUUUUUCUUCCUGCUUCUUUUAUCUUAGGCGACAGUUCUUCAGCUGUUUCAGAAUACGAUCUUCUACAAGCUGUUGAAAUCCCCUUCCCAGACCAGAAAAACCAGUAUAUCGACAAUGAUGGUCACGACAGAUUUCCAGCGUUCGGUUUCAGGACCGGCAGUAAUGUAAGGGUUGCUUUUCGACAGAUACUUCCGGAGAGGAUGCCAACAGAGUUCGCUAUUUGGAUCAGCGCGAAGAUGAAAUCCAGGAGAGGAGGAUUCCUGUUCGCUGUUAUGAACCCCUAUGAGACGGUGGUACAGCUUGGCGUCAAAAUAUCCCCUGAGGGAUUCACGAACACCGUAAUAUCGCUCUUCUACUCGAAUGCCUCGUCCAUCAACUCUCAUGCGAUCGCCAACUUCAGCCUGCCCAGAUUCCACGGCAAAUGGGCCAGAUUUGCAUUCCGGGUGUCCACGGAUAAUGUGACCCUCUUCUUCAAUUGCAACGAAGUACAAUCGGUCAGCGUCAAGAGGGAGCCAGUGGGACUGCAAUUCGACUCGGCCUCGACCCUCUACAUCGCACAGGCCGGCCCGAACCUCAGCGAACCCUUCGAGGGCGCUUUGGAUCAACUGAAGAUAUUGGUCGACCCAAAUAUGGCUUCAGAGCAGUGUAAGACAUACUUCAAGGGUUUUCAGUCAGAAGAAGAGUCGAAUGAUGACAAUGAAAUUCCAGUUGUCGAAAGUACCGAAUUCGGUUUGCCCUCGGGAAGCGGCGUUUAUCCCGAAGGCAGCGGUUACGAAGAAUUCCCACCACCACCUCCUCCGCCACCAGAUGGUAAGAAUUGUAAUUAUGGCUGUGAGAAUUGUUGCAAUGAAAUUUUGUCUUCCUACAAUGCAGCCGGAUUAGGAUAUCGAGGAGAGAAAGGCGACAGGGGCCCAAGGGGACCACCUGGCGAAUCAAUCCGAGGACCACCUGGCCCACCUGGACUUCAAGGACCACCAGGACCUGAGGGUGUCUGCUCCUGCAAUAUUACUGGCAUCCUCAGCUCUUAUAUUAAAGAAAAUAAAAAAUACACUAGUUUUACCGAAAUCAAAGAGGGACCGCAAGGUCCUCCUGGUUUACCAGGAGUCAUUGGGGAGAGAGGCCCUGUUGGUCCUCCUGGUCCUAAAGGUGAUCGUGGUGAAAAGGGGUCCACCGGGAUUGAUGGCCAGCCUGGUACCAAAGGGGAACCAGGCAGGGAUGGACUCCCUGGUGUUGCAGGACCCCCUGGGCCUCCUGGACCGCCUGGACCUAUCGAAUUCGAAAAUGUUGAUGAAACAAAUGUUGGAGGCGGUCUUGUUAGACCUGGAGUACCAGGAACCAAAGGAGAACCUGGUAUGCCUGGAAUGAGAGGAGAAAAGGGACCCGUAGGUCCUAAAGGUCAUAAAGGCGAUGGUGGCACUAAAGGUGAAAGAGGGGAUCGAGGACUUCCAGGAGACAAGGGACCUGUAGGUCCAAAGGGCGAUAGAGGAAAUCCUGGAUUGGAUGGUCUUCCUGGGACUUCAGGUAAACCUGGUGAUAAAGGUGACAAAGGUGAUCAAGGCAAACCUGGUCCACCUGGUGUGCCUGGAAUAACAUUCAAUACGGACGAUUCGAUGGGAAUUGCACCCGCUAUCCCAGGUCCCAAAGGGGAACCAGGCGACAAAGGAUCAAGAGGUGAUAAAGGGGAAAGAGGAGAGGCUGGAUUUCCCGGAGUACCUGGUUCAAUUGGUCCUGUUGGAAGGGUGGGAGAAAAAGGUGAUCGAGGUACUGACGGCGCCAUGGGUCCCGUUGGUGGACCAGGCUCAAAAGGUGAAAAGGGAGAGCGAGGACCGCCUGGUGCUGUCAUUAUGCCUGAUGGCAAUGAGGAAGUAAUUACUCUGAAGGGUGAAAAAGGAGAUCCGGGCAGGAGGGGAAGGAGAGGAAAACCCGGACCUCCGGGACCGCCAGCAAAGUCAUCAUCGUCGGACAUUUGGACAAGUAAAGGAGACAAGGGCGAAAGAGGAAAUGACGGUUCCCCAGGCAGAGAUGGCAAAACUGGCCCUGCAGGUCCUCCAGGUCCUCCUGGGCCUUCUAGUGGGGGUAAUGAAGACAUAAUGCGUUACAUUCCGGGUCCACCAGGACCACCUGGACCUCCAGGACCACCAGGAACAUCAGUUCAGGGUCCCAAAGGUGAACCAGGAUCUUCAUUCUAUGGCGAGACAACUUACAAUCUAAGACCCGGAUCAAGGACUAGCUUGGAAGAGCUCAGGGCUCUACGGGAGUUGAAGGAAUUGAAGGAUUCGAAGUCAGGUCGAGCGACACCCGUUCCUCCCACCUCAAAGGAAGAUGAUCUACCCAGGCAAAUUGUGCCCGGAGCUGUGUCAUUCCAAGACAGGGCUGCCAUGAUGAAAAUGACUUCCAUCAGUCCCGUGGGAACGAUAGCGUAUAUUAUAGAGGAAGAAGCGAUAUUAGUAAGGGUCAAUAAUGGUUGGCAAUACAUUGCGCUGGGAUCUCUAUUACCUGUGACCACCCCCGCACCGCCAACUACAAAUAACCCGCAUCUGCGGCCGCCUUUUGAAGUUAGCAACCUUAUAAAUAACAUGGCCAAACCUCCCGAUGUUUCCAAUUGGCAUCCAAGAAUGUUACGUAUGGGUGCUCUCAAUGAACCCUACACAGGAGACGUCCAUGGAGUCAGUGGUGCAGACUACGCUUGUUACCGUGAGGCACGAAGAGCAGGUUUGAGAGGAACCUUCAGAGCCUUUUUAUCCUCGAGGGUACAAAAUGUUGACUCCAUCGUGAGACAAGCAGACAGAAAAUUACCUGUGUCCAACCUCCGAGGUGAGAUUCUUUUCAAUUCCUGGGCCGAAAUGUAUAAUGGAGAUGGUGCUCCUUUUCCCCACGCCCCCAGAAUAUAUUCCUUCAGCGGCAAGAACGUUCUCACAGAUUUAUCUUGGCCACAUAAAGUUGUAUGGCAUGGCGCACUGCUGAAUGGAGAAAGGGCCUUAGACACUUCCUGCGAUGCUUGGCAUUCGUCCUCGAAAGAUAAGGUCGGCCUGGCAGGAUCCCUGAAAGGCCCCAGGUUACUCGAACAAACUUCCUACUCGUGUGACAAGCGUCUGAUUCUGCUGUGUAUCGAGGCAACAACCGAGCUCUUCGUUCAGAGGAAGCGAAGAGAUCUAGAUGAUAUCAGGUACUCAUAUCACGAUGAUAUCAUGAGUGAAGAAGAAUACAAUAAGUAUCUGCAGUCCAUUCAUUGAAGAUAAUCUCUACUAGGAUGGACGAACUCAUUGCUAUCGGCAGGAAGAUUGGUCAUCACAUAAAUAUAACGAAUUGAACAUAAGUUACCUUUCGUAAUGUUCCAUCCAAUGUUUUUUGUGUUAUGUCGUGAAAUAUAGCCAGUGGACGAUAAGUGUAAAUUUUAAUUUGAAGUAUCCGAAUUAUCGUCAUUUUUGAUGAGUUACUCUUUCAAAUUUGAAAUGAUACGGUGAUCUGUCAGUUUUAUCAAUUGUUCAUUCAUGCUAAUAUUUUCAACUGUAGAAAAUGUUUCAUUCAAGUUCUUCUGAUUCAAUUCAAAGAAUCAAGAAUGAAACUUGCGUUCAUGCUCUUCGGUUUCACGAAACGAAUAGAAAAUAUACAUAACAGUAACCUUUGGAUUCUCAAUAAAAUAACUAACAGAU